AUGCAAAGAUUAAUCAUUAAUUGUGUUCGCUUGCGUGCUAUAGUACAAUCAAGAUCAACAUUAAGUGCGUUAUAUCGUUCUUCGCAUACAAGUUCUUCGAUUGCUCAUGAUUUUAAUGCGGCUUCGACGAGUUCAUCAUUUGAUUCCAGCUUCUUCUCGAAUCAUUUUCGUCAUCUUUCACCUUUAUCCUGGUUGAAACCAUCGACAAAAGAACCAAGUCAAGGUCUGUUUCAAAUCAAAGAACUAGCUACACCAUCCGGCUUUCGUGUGCUCGCGGAACGCGUGCUGAACAAAUGCGAAGAUCUACUCGACGAAUGCUUUUCUCCAACACGUCGGAAGAUCGUCGAAAUCUUAGAUGAGAUCUCUGAUGAGAUUUGUCGCGUGGCAGAUCUUGCGGAAUUCAUCCGUAAUGUUGACGUCGAUCACGAACUCAAACAAGCUGCUGAACAAGCCUAUGGAAUGUUACAUCAUCUCGUCGAAAAAAUGAAUACUAAUAGGAAAUUAUACGAAGAAGCCAAACGAGCGUUUGAAAACGGUGAAGGAGACGAAACUGACCGACGAGUGUUGAAAUUAUAUUUAAUAGAUUUCGAACGAUGUGGAAUUCGAUUGAAUGAAGAAAACCGUUCGAAUUAUCUACAAUUACACGAAGAUAUUUUACAGUUAGAAAAUCACUUUCGACUGAAUGCGCAUCGGCAAUAUCAAAUUCCACGAAAACAAUUACCGGAAAAGGUAAGAACGAGAUUCGACGAAAGAUCGAUUACAAUCAAUUCGGCGCAUUCCAGUGAUUGUGACGAAGACGUUCGGGAAUUUGUCUUUCGAACAUAUUUCCGCUAUGAGCCCGAGCAAGAACAAUGCCUUGACGAAUUACUUCGGAAACGGUAUGAAUUGGCGAAACUAUGUGGCUAUCCCUCGUACAGUCAUCGAACACUAGAUAAUACAUUGUUGAACAAACCGGAAUAUGUCACCGAAUAUCUCGAACAGAUCAUGACUGCUAUUCGUCCGUUGGCCGAUCGAGACAUUCGAUUGAUGCAAAUAUUAAAAAAUGCUCAAUCGACAAAUAAACCUGUUGCUCCGUGGGACGUCGCAAAGUUAGAAGGGAAAUUUCGCUCGGAGGUCUUACAUAUUAACACUCAGGAAUAUACACCCUAUUUUUCAUUGGGUGCUUGCAUGGACGGGUUGAAUCUAAUCUUUAAUAGCUUAUUCAAUGUAACAUUGAACAAACAAACAACAUUGCCUGGAGAAGUUUGGCAUCCAUCUGUCGUUAAACUUUCGGUGGAUCAUGCAACAGAAGGAACUGUUGGUUAUAUUUAUUGCGAUUUAUUCGAAAGAAAAGAAAAACUUCCUCAUGAUUGCCAUUUUACUAUUCAAUGCAGCAGACGUCGUGCAGACGGUUCCUUUCAAUUACCCAUCGUUGUUUUGCAUGUUAAUAUUCCACCAAGUACUAAUCCAAAUCUUCCGACGUUACUUACAUUAGGCCUAGUGGAAAAUCUCUUUCAUGAAUUUGGUCAUGCAAUGCAUUCAGCUCUGGGACGAACACGUUAUCAACACGCAUCUGGCACUCGGUGUCAAACUGAUAUUGCAGAAAUUCCGUCUCAGUGGAUGGAAUAUUUCGUUUACGAACCACGAGUUGUGAAACAAUUCGCGCGUCAUUAUCAAACCGGCGAAGUUAUUCCUGACGAACUCCUUCAACGUCUUCAAUUGGCACAAAACUGUUUUCAAGCACAUCGUACACAAGUUCAAGUCAUUUCAGCCAUGUUCGAUCAUCUAUUCCAUGGCCCAUAUCCUCUGUCCGAACCCUAUGCAAAUCUGUACUCUUCAUUAUUAACGAAAUACUCGUCCUUACCAAACAUUCCUUCCACACAUCCCUAUUUGAAAUUCUACCAUUUAGUAGAUUAUGGUGCUCGGUUCUCCAGUUAUAUUAUUGCGCGUUCGAUUGCAAGUAAAAUUUGGCACGAUCAAUUCGCGUCCGAUCCUCUGUCGAAAAGUGCCGGCGAACAAUUUCGAAAGAAUUUCUUACAGUGGGGCGGAGAACGCGAGCCCAAUGAAUUAGUUGGAAAUACAUUUUCAUUAACAAAAAAACUGACAAUCAAUGAUAUGACAAAGGCGAUUACUGAUGAAAUAAAAGAAAAUGUUCAAAAACGUGAUUACUUGUUUCGAAAAAAAUAA